GUGGCCGCGCCAGUCCAUGUGACGGAGGCUGGGCUUGGGGAGGAGAGGCCCGGGGCUCCGAGACCCUGGCUCCGGGAGCCAUUGGGAGCCAGGCAGGAUCCUGGCUUCCAGCGGGCCGGGGCUGCCUGCAAGCAGAAGCGCUUGAACUGGAUCUCUCGGCCUCCCUCUCUGGGCUGAGAGCGCGCUGUUUCCUGCUCUCUGGGCUGAGAGAUCUCGGGCUCCUUCCCUCCGAGAUCUCUCCGCCUCCUCUCUGGGCUGAGAUCUCUCUGUGUCUCCUCCUCUCCGAGAUCUCUGGGCCUCCUUCCCAGGAGCUGGGAUCGCGCCUUCCAGAAGCCGGCUCUGGGCUUGCAGUCCCAGGCCAGUCUCCUGCUCCUGAAGGAGAGAAGCGGCCCCGAGUCCUGCUCCCGGCUCAGCCCACAGAGGACCAGGCCUGGCCCCGCAGCCAUGGCCCCUGGGAGGCGCCGACCCCCGCCCCAGGAGAUGGUGACCUUCCAGGAUGUGGCUGUGGACUUCACCCUGGAGGAGUGGGGCCUCCUGGAUCCUUCUCAAAAGGAGCUAUACAAGGAGGUUAUGUUAGAGAAUACCUGGAACCUGCUCUCCUUAGGACUUCCUCUUCCCAGAGAAGAUUUGCUCUCCCAUUUUGAGCGAGGGGAAGGUCCGUGGAUGCCUGAGCGAGCAGACCCCCGAGGCCCCCGCCCAGAUGGAAAGAGCAUGCUGAACAUUUCUUUGGAAAGAUCACAACAGCAAAGAUUCAUGAAAAAUGGUCACCGUGACUUCAAUUUGAGGGAAAUCUGUGACUUUGGUAUCAAGACAGAGAAAAGUCAAAAGAAUCGCCGCGACUUUGAUAAAGAUGAAAAUUUCAGACAAUAUUCAGUUCUAAUUCGCUAUAAGAAAACGAUCUCAGGGAAUGAUUCUUCUCAAGAUGGUAAAUAUAGGGAAUACUCUACUGAACCAGCAGAGAUUGUCAAGUCUCUUGAGAAGCUUCCUGAAGGGCACACUUACCAGUAUGAGAUGGCCUUCAGCCUGAAUUCAGACCUUAUUAGACCUCAGAACAGUCAUACUGGAGAGAUGCUUUGUAUCUAUAAUGAGGGUGAAAAGGCCUUCAAUCCUAACUCAAAACUCAUUGGACAUCAGAAAGUCCAUGAUGCAGAGGAACAUUACAGGUGCAAUCAAUGUGGCAGAGCCUUUAAGCGGCAGUCAUCCCUUGUUUCCCACCAGAGAAUUCAUACUAGAGAGAAAUCUUAUGAGUGUCGUGAAUGUGGUAAAACUUUUAGUGAAAAGGCCUCCCUUACUGUACAUCGGAGAAGCCACAGAGGAAAGAAACUUUAUGAGUGUAGUCAGUGCAGGAAAACUUUCCGGCAGAGAUGCAGUCUGGUUGAACAUCAGAGAAUCCACACUGGGGAGAAGCCUUAUGAGUGUAGCGAAUGUGGAAAGACCUUCAGACACAGCUCCAGUCUUGCUGAGCAUCAGAGAAUCCACACUGGGGAGAAGCCGUUCGAAUGUGGUCAGUGUGGAAAGAGCUUCAGACAGAGCUCCAAUCUCGCCGAGCAUAAGAGGAUCCACACUGGAGAGAAGCCCUAUAAGUGUAAGCAGUGUGGGAAGUGUUUCAGACACAGCUCGAGCAUCGCUAAUCAUCGGAAAAUCCACACCGGGCAGAAACCUUAUGAGUGUAAUCAGUGCGGGAAGACUUUCAGGUGCAACUCGAAACUUGCCCUACACCAGAGAAUCCACACUGGAGAGAAGCUGUAUGAGUGCAGUGACUGUGGAAAGACUUUCACAAACACCUCCCAUCUUGCUCUGCACCAGAGAGUCCACACUGGAGAGAAGCCUUACGAAUGUAAACAGUGUGGAAAGGCCUUCACACAGAGCUCCAGCCUCGCUAAGCACGAGCGGAUCCACACUGGAGAGAAGCCCUAUAAAUGUAAUCAGUGUGGAAAGACUUUCAGACAGAGCUCCAAUCUUGCUGAGCAUAAGAGAAUCCACACCGGAGAGAAACCUUAUGAAUGUGAUCACUGUGGAAAGACUUUCAGCUUUAACUCGAAACUUGUUCUCCAUCACAGGAUCCACACCGGAGAGAAGCCUUAUGAAUGUAACGAAUGUGGAAAGACCUUUAGACUCAGCUCCCAUCUUGUUCUCCAUCACAGGAUCCACACUGGAGAGAAACCUUAUAAAUGUAACCAGUGUGGGAAGACCUUCCGGCAGCAGUCAUCCCUUAUUUCCCAUCGAAGAAUUCAUACGAGAUAGAAAUCUUUUUCCUGUACUGAAUGAGGAAAGGCGUUCAAAUGAAGCCUACAGAUUGUCGGCCACCAGAAGAUUCAUUCUGGGAACAAUCUCUGUGUGGGCUCAAUGUGGGAAGACCUGCAGCCCAAGACCAUCAGGGGAUUCGAAGUGAGCACUCAUAAAUGUACCUCCUGAGGACACGCCUUUUGAUGGAAGAGGGAUGUUUCUAGAUGCCACAAUAUUCAUACUGAAAAGAAGACUUACAAAAGCAAUGAUUGUGGGAAAACCUUGACAUGGAGCUCAGACUUGAUUGUACAUUGGAGAAAUUGGGAAUGGAGAUAGAACUUAUGGGCCUAAUUAACAAGGGAAGAACUUUUGCUUGAACAUAGACUUAAUUAGACACCUCAAAUUUCAAAAUGUGCAUAAAGCUCUAUAAAUAGAAUGAAUUUUCCCAUGAAAUAUUGUUUUUAGUACUCUUUAAUUAUACUCCAUAGCAUCCGUCUACCAUAAUUUCACCUGUGAUUUCCCAUUAUUUAACACUUGUUUCCUGUUCUUUGUUAACACAAAAAAUCUGGUAUGAAUAUUUUGGUAAUUGUUGGGCAUUUCUUUUUGUACUGAUUUCUUUAUUCUGAUAGGUGGCCCAGUGAAUAGAGUGCUGCUCUGGAAGCUACAAGAUCUGAAUUUAAAUUCAGUCUAACACUUACUAGCUAUGUGACCCCACGCAAAUCACUUAAUCUAUUACUGCCUCAGAUUUCCCCAUCUAUUGUAAAAUGUGUAUACUGGUAACACCUACCUCUUAGGAUUUAUGUAAGGAUCAAAUGAGAUUAUACCUGUAAAGUACUUUGCAAACAUUAAAUCAUUAUUUAAAUGCUAGUUAUUCUCAUAAUUCCUUGGGUCAUAAUUCUAGUGGAGUUAAGGACUAAAAGAUUGGACAGUUAUUCACGUUCUUAUCAUUGAAAUUGAUAUUCAGAACACUGCAGAGGAAGGCGGCAUGUUGUAAUGAUGGGGCACUGAGUUGAGUCUGGAAGAUUUCAGUUCAAAUCCUGCCUCUGAUGUUCUCUAGCUGUGUAACUGUCCAGUGAGUUAUCUUUGUCCCAAUUUACUCAUCUCUAAAAUGAGGUAGUUCUCAAUGACUUCUCUGGUCCUUUCCAAGUACAAAUCAGUGUUCCCUUGAAAACUGUCCACAGCCUCUUACAAUAUCGUCCAGAAUAUCCAGGAGACCUAGCUGGACCAGAUCUCCAUUGCAUUCACCCCCUGAGCCAGGUCUCAGUCCUAGGUUUCUGUCUCAGGGUAGGGAAGAGUGCUAGCACCGCAGCUUAUGGCCAGUGGGGACCCUGCCAGGGUAGCACAGGCCGGGAGAAUAGUCAAAACAGCUUUCCUUAGGUCAUAACUGACAAUCUGUAGCCCCCAUGCUGCACAAAAAUUCUGAAGCUUGGAACAGUGCCCCCUCCACCUUGAGAACAGCCCAAUUUUAAAAGUCAAAAAAGAGAUGGGAAAAAUGAGGAAAUAACUGGGAAAAAAAUCUGACCAGAGAAAGUUAUGGUGAUAGGAAAGUCAGAAGACAA